AUGCUCGAGCGAGCGGCCGGGUGCUUCGAGAGCGCGGGACGGCGUUUCCUCCAGGAGUCCAAUGGCGCGAUCCGGUCCAGCAGAACACUGCCCCGUCAUUUCUGGAAACACCAUGGUGACGGUGGGGGUGCUCCAUACUGGUUUCUCGCUCUCUUGCCGCCAUCGACUCAACGACCGUCCCCGGGUCCAAGCUCUUCGACCGAAACCAAAACUACUUACGAUGCCGCGCCGCCGUUUCUCGACUUCCUCUACCCCCGAAGCACUCAAGAGCCCCCCAUUACACGCCUAUCUCGUUUCCCCAAGAGACUUGGACUACGCCGGAGGAAGAGGACGUUGACCGGCUAUCCAAGAACAUAUGUCUCGAAAGCCUUGUGUCUUCAUCAGUCUCUUGCCAAGGCAGUGGAUGUACAAGAGGAGAGCCCGGAAGCAGAUGCUUCCCAGCACCAGGAGACGGAUCGGCUUCGACAGCUCGAGGCAGAGGGGAAGCUUAGUGCCCUGCUACACGAACAAGGGACCGAUUAUGAAAAGGCCUGGAUCCUGUACGUCUCAUUGAGACGACCGCCGCGCUUCUCCUCGGAACUUCUUGCCUACCUGAGUAGUUCUACAGACCGAACAAAUCAAAGGCGGGCUUGGCGGUGUUUUUCACGAAUUCCACCGGCAAAGCUCGAUGCCAAAGAUUGGAGCAACAUUCUGUGGUCUCAAAUCCCGUAUGGCACGGUCUCGGCCAUGAAAAUGCUAUGCGAACGAUCGGCUUGGGAUUCAAAAACCCGUGCCAGGAAAGUCUGGCCACUGGUAUUUACACACUUUAUCCACAACAACCGAUGGAAGGACGCUCUAGAGCUGUGGAAUCGGAGCUCACAGCCCUCGGAAGAAACAAAUAUACCAUCACCGAAGCACCUGAUUUCUCGGGUCAAAGAAUCGACCCUCCUCGUGGACGCUCGUGCUCUAGGUUCAUUCCUAUUGCGGAAUCGGGAACGAGUCAGCGAUUUCAACGACCUUGCCUCAUGCCUUCUUGAUCGAGUCGUUGGGUCAUCCAGCAAUUGCCAGAGAAUCACCACGGGAGGGUUUCUGGAAGUUCUGCAGAUAUACCAGUCGUUGAACAUUGCCAAGGGAUACCAUUAUUUCCACCUCAUCAAAACCUUGCAAUCUUUGGGUACGCGAUCAGCUUUCGUUCGUUCCAUGGCGAUUUACCGUCACCUGCGCUGGCAGCUACCCGAUGAGAGGCCAUCCAGGAAGCUCUUAGGGGCCUUUCUGGACUCUCUUGUGUCUUUUGAGAUUACAAGUGGCAUUCGGUACUUCUUGAGCGAACUGGCACACUUCUACUCGCCUCCGUCCACCCAUGCAUACAGACUAGCCUUGAUUGGGUUUUCCAGAGCGGGCGAUGUGGCACAAGUUGAUGAGGUGUUCAGCAAGCUGGUGGCAGACCAUGGCAUGCCACAGAGUCGGAGACUAUUGACCCCUCUUCUUUAUGUUCAUGCGCGGCAUGGGAAUGUCGAAGAGACCUUGCGACAAUUUCAGAGGGUAUCCGAAGAAUUCAAUUUCGAGCAGAACACGGUGUGCUGGAACAUCCGUAUUACCGCACACGCAAACGCCGACGACUUCACUGGCGCCUUUUCAACUUUCGCGGAGAUGUUAAGGAAGGGCAUUCAACCGAAUUCCCAUACGUACGGUACCGUGAUGGGGAUCUGUGCAAACCGAGGCGAUACCGCCAGUGUCCGUCGCUUGCUCAACGAAGCCAAGAAACAUCAAGUGCAGAUCACGAUGCCGCUACUUGACACGGUUGUGGAGGCAUUUACUCGACACGACCGUAUGGAUCUUGCGGAACGAAUUGCCGUAGCUUGUCAGAGCAUGAACGUCCCAGGGUCGCGCGUUCGGAUGUGGAACAUACUACUCACGCAAUAUGCAUUCAGGGUGGACCUGAAGUCCAUUGCUCGGGUGCGAUUACUCAUGCGAAUCAACGGGGUGCGACCAGAUUCCAUGAGCUAUAGUGCUCUCAUGCUUGCGUUCACUCUCAUUCGUGAGCCUGAUACGGCGCGGCGUCUUUUGAGAACCCUUCACCGGAACCAACACCUGCACGCCACCCAAUUCCACUAUGCCAUUGUCCUGUUGGGCUAUGUGAAAGCUCGAAAUCGAGACAUGGCGCACGUCAUUUUCCGGGAAAUCGAAGAACGGUUCGGACGACCUGGACUGAGCGCCUAUCUCUUGAAACUGAAGGCUCAGAUUCAACGGGACUUGCAGUCAACUACAGAUGGCGUUGGGCACAAAGACCCCAAUCUACAUCUCAAGCACGCUGAAAGAUCCCUCGAGAGAAUGACGACAGAUAUCGACACAACAUCUCUGGCAACCAAGUUCCCAUCCCCCGGCAUCGGUGGCACGUCUCCUUCUGCUGCUUUCGACUCCAAGGCCUAUGAGUACCUUAUCACGGCGUAUGCCUCGAGAGGGGCUACUCAACAAGCCAAAGAAAUUUUUGAUCGAUAUGCCGAGAACCGGCGGCCUUCGGCUUCUUUGGACAACGAUAGUGAUUCUUUGCCAUUUAACCUGGCUUCUUCUUUGAUGACUGCAUAUCUAAAGGAUGGAGAUCACGACAAAGUUGCGGAGCUCUGGCACGUUGUAUUCUCUCGCGGUGUCGAACUGGCUCGUCCGAUUGACCUCGAUGAAUUACUAUCCUCUGGACUGCCGCCGUCAACCGCAACGUCGUUGCCAGAUCCUUUCAUCGAACCGCCGCGGCCAUCCCUGCCGACCGGUGCGCCGAACAACGAGGAGCUCUUGGUCGGCCCCUCCCCUGGUAUUUCUGUUCCUGAAAAGCAGAUGGAGGUCCUGGGAUCUCAGCGCUUCAUCCUUUCCCGACCUCUUUCUGUUUAUAUGCAGUCUUUGGCCAUGCAGAACGAAUUUAAGAAAGUUCUGGAUCUUUGUUCAGAAGUCGAGGCGGCUGGAUUUCAGCUGUCCACGUUCAACUGGACGCGUUUCGUGGAAGUCCUCUCGACCUCGGACGAAUUUGCCGACCAACUGAAGGCUUUCCAGAUGUUCGAACAGAAGUUUUCGUAUCACUUUCCUGGCUGGUCUAAACUUCGGCUGGGCUCCGGGUUCAUGCCUAAUCAGACUUCUACAACUGCCUACUUGAUCGAUUAUCUCAAAAGACGCCGCAAGUUGCCACGCAAUAUCAUAACCAGGACAGUCCGACAGUAUUGGACUCAAUUCCGGCCCUGGUUCAUGCAGCCCACCUACACCUGCAUUGUGAAGCUCGCUGCCGCCUUGCUUAAGAUUCGAAAUCGAAGCAUUUUGGAUGGCGGCACGGAGUUGAGGGCUGUGCAUGGUGUUGCGCCCAAGACACUCAAUGCUAUCGCCCAGAUGCCUUAUCUACGCGACAGCGUUCAGGGCACGAUCCUUCGCGGGCGCGCGGACCACGGCAGCCCGUCAAAGGACUGGACCAAGCAUGAGCCGUUUGUCUGGACCGGUGGCGUUCUCGGAGGUACUGGCUGGACUCGAAUGAAAGGGGGCGUCAGACGCGCUCGCCGUGAACCACGCCUUAUGAGGCGCCCUUAUAAGGAGGUGUCGUCCAAGUUCAAGAAAUCAUCUUCCCCUGAGUCCGCUCCGGAUGAUCUGGAGGAGGUCAUUGCACCCGAAGACCAGCAGGAUCUUUCUCACGAGUAUCUCUUGUUGCGCAGACGAAUUCGUUAUGGGUCUGCUGUGGUCGAGCCGCGUGACUCCAGGCUCGGCAGGAAGAAGGGUGUCCGCCUGAGUCUUUCUCCAGGGGAACCGAAGACCACGACAAGCCCACCGACACAGGUACCCGCACCACACCAGAAACCUCCGACAAUCCAGGAUACUCCGGCCCAGAAGGAUCUCACAGCCGACAAAGCUCCAGUCGUCAGGAGGCAUCCAGAUCCCAGGCCACGAAACCCCCCUCGUCGUCUGUUGCAUCCACGGUUCCCACGAGCCACGAGACUUUCACCCGCCAGAGAUCCGGCUCUUGGAAGGAAGUCCAAGCAAUUCUGGUUCAUUGAUCGGCCGGUACGAACUCUGCUCCGGAAGAAACUGCGCCCUACACGCUCGGAGGACAAGCUCGAGGUGGCCGGCACCUCAUUGCCAUGGCCCAAGGGCGAGUAG